AUGUCAUCGAACCUCGCUGGGUAUAUGAACAAGAAGGUACUGAUUCUGACUGCCGACUCCCGCACCCUGGUCGGCCAGCUUGUUGGUUGCGAUCAGUUGACCAACCUGGUCCUUCAGAAUGCGGUCGAGCGCGUUAUCCAAACCCGCGACAGUCCUGAACCUUCGGGCGAACACCCCCUGGGUCUAUACAUUGUACGAGGCGACAAUGUCUGCACCGUCGGAUUGAUCGAUGAGGCGCUUGACGCUAGCAUCAACUGGCGUGAAGUGAAGGGAUCAGCCAUCGGAGGCACUAAGCAUGUUUGA